AUGGCCGACGACGACCCCCAUCUCUCCCUCUCCACACCCAACACCGACUCCCUCGGCUCGUCAACCUCCCACUUCUACCCCUUCGCAACUUCCCCAGAUAUCAUCCGCUCUCAUGAGAAAGAUGCUUUCUGUACAGGUGGUCUCGUCCAACAAGCCCAAUCAAUCGUGCGCGCCCUCCGCGGAGCCCGCUACGCCCACGCCCACUCCAACUCCAUCAAACACAUAACCGAACUCAUCUACUUCUCCCUGACAACCGCGAUUGGCAACCGCACCCUAGGCGAAGAAUACUGCGAUCUAGUCCAACUAGAAGAUGACACCCUUCGCCUACCAGCCAUAACCCGACGAGUCGGCUACAUCCUCAGCACGAUCCUAGUUCCAUGGACCUUACAACGAGCCCUGCCAUCCUUCCGCCAACGCGUCCGCGCCAAACUCGAACGCAGCAUCGCAAAGCAGCAAUUCCGCGCCGCACAACAAGCAACUCUCCUCAAUAAACCAACCCUCUCCACACCCGAUGCUCCCAAAUCCGCAUCAGCGUCAUCCGGCCGCCGCUUCUUCACAAAGCUACGCCUCCAGCAAUAUAUUCUCGAACACCUGGACUCACUCACAUCCGUGUCCCCGAUCUACGCCCUUAGCAUAAUCACCUUUUACUUCACAGGUAGUUACUACCACCUAGCAAAACGCAUCUGGCGCCUGCGCUACGUCUUCACGAAGAAAAUUGACGCAAACGAGCAACGCGUCGGCUACGAAGUUCUCGGCGUCCUAAUGGUCCUUCAAAUUGCCGUUCAGGGGUUCCUGCAUGUCCGCAAGAUCAGUGCUUCCGCCAAUGAGGAUGACUCUUCCCUCGCUGCAGGUGACGGGGAUCGUUCUGGGGCCGGCGGUGGUCUGAUUACUUCCAUCCAGCACCCGUCCGCGGUCCCGUUGCUACCUGCUUCGGCCGCCAGAUAUGAUCUGGAAGAAGAGCCUGGUGCGGUAUCGUGGAUUCCGGAGGGUCAGCAACGGAAGUGUACGCUUUGCUUAGAGGUCUUUAAGGAUCCGAGCGUUACGACUUGUGGACAUGUUUUCUGCUGGACUUGUGUGAGGGAUUGGGUGAGGGAGAAGCCUGAGUGUCCGCUUUGUCGGCAGGAAGUUCUUUUGGCUAAGGUUUUGCCGUUGAGGGGGUAG